UAAUUAGUGCUGAUCGUCAUGAUUCAAGCUUCGAGCUUAAAAAAUAUGUUUCUAGGAGGCUUAAUUUUCAAAGUGGAAGCCUAAUUAGACCUUGAGACCACUAACGUGUUAAUUAACAGAUUAAUUGUGUAGCUAGCUUUUGCUUAUUAAUCGAGAUGUAAUUAAUUAGUGCUGAUCGUCAUGAUUCAAGCCUCGAGCUUAGAAAAAUAUGUUCCUAGCGGGAUUAAUUUUCAAACUGAAAGCCUAAUUAGACCUUGAGACUACUAACGUGUUACUUAACUGAUUAAUUGUGUAGCUAGCUUUUUCUUAUUACGCGAGAUGUAAUUAAUUAGUGCUGAUCGUCAUGAUUCAAGCUUCGAGCUUAGAAAAAUAUGUUUCUAGCAGACUUAAUUUUCAAAGUGGAAGCCUAAUUAGACCUUGAGACUACUAACGUGUUACUUAACUGAUUAAUUGUGUAGCUAGCUUUUUCUUAUUAAGCGAGAUGUAAUUAAUUAGUGCUUAUCGUUAUGAUUCAACGGUCGAGCUUUGAAAAAUUUGUUUCUAGUGGGCUUAAUUUUCAGGCUAAUUAGGCCUUGAGACUACUAAAGUGUUACUUAACUAAUUAAUGUAGUUAGUGUUUUUCUUAUUAACCGAGAUGUAAUUAGUUAGUGCUGAUCGAGGUUUGAAAAAUUUGUUUCUAGCCGAGUUAAUUAGUGAAGAGCUAAUUACUUAAUUUUCAUUAAUUGCUUGCAUAUUGCAUAAGGCGGAAUAGGUCAUUUUUGGGCCGUUAAAAUUUGCGCUCUACUGUAAACAAGUUUAAGUCGAAAUAUUUAGUAAGGUGCGUGCCGUUCAAGGUCAGAUCGCGUUAUUUACAUGCAACUGUAAAAAACUAUGUCAAACGUACGUUGAGCGUCUACAAUUUAAACGAAAAACCGCAAACGGAGCUGUUGCAGGCAUAUAAAUAAGCGACAACCUCCAGGAUGGCGUAGUUUACCCAAAGUCAUGGGCCUAAAUUUGAACCUGAUCCUGUUUUCCUACAGCCUGUUGGGUCGAUGCGUUGGCCUGCUGGUCUCCAAGUCGAGCAGCGAUUGGACUUUUACCUUGCACACAAGCACCAAUAAAAGCUCCACAGAUCUAAGCGACGCGAAUCCUUCCGCACGAACGGUUAUGAUUAUCCACGGCUGGAAACAGAACGGCAAUCUCAGAUGGAUCGGCUUGAUGAAAGACGCUUAUUUGUCUCGGUACCCGAUGAACGUCAUCGUCUUGGAUUGGUCGAGCCACGCGAAAGCGGCGUACGGAGUCGCGGCGAGAGCGGUGCCGAAAGUGGGCGAGCACGUAGCCGAACGCAUUUACGAGUGGGAGGGCGGCGGGCUCGUGGACCCGAUCUCCUUGAAAGUGAUCGGGUUCUCGCUCGGCGCGCAGAUAGCCGGCCACGCGGGCCAGCACUACCGGAAGCUGACGAACGGGACGAAAUUGCGCAACAUCGUCGGAAUCGAGGCGGCCGGUCCAAGCUUCGAGGCGAGAGGUCACCACCAACGUUUAGACGCGAGCGACGCGCUGAUGGUGCAAGCGAUUCAUACGAGCACAACUGGAAUGACCGCCAGGUAUGGUAGGGUGGACGUGUACUUCAACGCCAAUGCUGGAGGAUGCGGCAAACAACAGCCUGCUUGCCGUGGAGAUCCCGGCGUUCCCAUCGAUUCUCCCAUGGGAAUGACACUUUGUAAUCAUCUGCGUGCCGUGGCUUAUUUUAUAGAGAGCAUAGGCUCGGUGGACUUCUUGGCGGCGCCGUGUAGCUGCAGCACUUUCAGAAACAGAAGGUGCGAGAUGGAACGGGUCGUCGUCGUUGGAGAGCAUCUCGAGCCGGCCGCAGAAGACGGGGCGUAUCACCUGGUGACGUCCUGCAAAUCACCAUUCGCACUUGGCGCUGCAGGGUUAAAUCCUUCAGCCUACAAGUGUUAAAAGUUACUCCCACCACAAGAUUUAAAUUGUAACGUAAAAAAUAGUUUGUCCGUCCGUCUGUGUAAUUAUUUCAAAUACGUAGUCCUCAGAACCUUCGAAAAUAACACGUUAAAACGUGACCACGUUGUCAAUUUAAAUUUUGCAAAGCUUUUGGUCACUUAAAGGAAGAGUGUACUUACUAGAAACUUAGAGGCAAGGAGCAACAGACAUUUCCCACGGGGAAUCGAUCAGUCCGUGCACCUCAUACCUACAUGUCCACAAUAGACGUACAUCCAAGGUGCUGGCGGGUGCCGGUCGCCGGCCAGGACCGAGAUAAAACGUGUUUCACUACACCCUGCGGAUUUUUGAGGAUGCCUUUCGGACUGCGGAAUGCCCCCUGUGACGUUUGUGCGUUUAAUGGACCGGUUUCUUCCGAGUUUGAGCGGAGUAUUCGUGUAGUUGAUUCCUGAAAAGGUUUGGUGCUGCAGAACAACACGUGUUCGAGAAACUGAUGUCCGCUCAAGUGUUGUUUCGAGACAGUCCGUACCUAAUACGCACGACGUUUGAAAAUUUAGAUUGUACCUAGAGGGCGCGGAUGUAACCAGUGCGACUGACCUCCAACUUUUGCAGUGAAAACCCCGCUUGGGAGAAUUGCCCGACAGAGGAAGUUGUUGGAGAUUCAUAUACAGACAACGUAAUCACUUUGUUACUUGGCAUCAGUAGAACUCGCCCCAGGUGAGUUCGCUCACACAAUGUUCUUCCCUAAGAAAUUUUCCCACCUUGGGAAAUUUCCACCUUCUUGGGAAUUCUCAUUCCAAAUUCCUUCUUUAUGUCCAUUGACAUACAGUGAAUUGAGCAGAUUGAAUCGCUUAUAAUCAUGUUCGUAUGUACAGAACCAAACCGUUUCUCUUCGCCAGUCGAAAUCUAAGAAGAUUAUAGUCGAGAUAAUCCCAAAUCCCAAACAUUUCACUUGGUCAGAACCAGUUAACGUCCUCGAAGAGGAGGUUCGCGCUCCUUCCAUUCACAAAUGGAACAAACUUGGUCUUUUCCGGAUUAAAACUGUAACCAUUUGAAGUA